AGGCAAUCUCCCCUGUGUCUGGCACGACUUCAGUGGGCUCCAAGGGGCCAGGCCGGGCUGGCUCUGGGGUGCGGCUCCCCGGCUGUGUGGACACUGCAAAUCUGUCUUCUCAUCCCGGCUAACAACAUAGGGACCACUUUGACAGCUCCAGGGAAAGGAUUUGGGACCACCUCCAGGAACAUAGGCACUGUCCAUCCAGCUCCACGUCUGGAGAGGGUGCCCCUGAUGCCACCCACACCCUGGGAAUCCAGCCUCCCUCCCUGGUCUGGGAGACAGCCUGUGAAGACAUUGGCACUGCACCGGGUGGGCAGGGCCGAGGUCCACAGCCCUGUGCCUUCGAGUUCAAACCGCGCAGCCCGAGCCCCCCGCAUCGCCGGCUGCCCUUUCGCACCUUCAUCUCGGCGGUUCCUCGCCGGAGUGAGAGGUCUGCAGGAAGCUGUUCCGGCAGCUUGAGCAGUGGCUGGAGCGGCAGCAACGGCAGCAGGAAGAACAGCACCGGCACCCUCCAAAUUGGGACUCUAGCCCUUUAAAUCUGCUCAGUUACCAAAAAAGAAGAGGCAUCAGACCCUGUUAAUUAAAGCUCGCCCUGGUCCAUCAUUCUGAGGAGCUGCAGGGCUCUGCUCCUUCCUGAUGGCUUAGAGAUUCUCCUAAACUCCCAGCCAUGGAUCUUGGAGCAUUUCCCCCGAGAUCAGCAGGAGAGUGUGUGUCUCCGUUGAAGUUCCCUUGAUGUGCUCACAAAUCUCUCUGAAAACAUCGCUCUGGACCUCCGAUGCGGCUGCCCGAGCAACCUGGAGAGAGGAAGCCUGAGAAUGAGGAAAAGGGGGGCAGAGGAGCCCCCGGAGGGGGAGAGGAGCCGCCGAGGAGCCAGGCCCCCGACUUCCCCACUUGGGAAAAGAUGCCUUUCCACCACGUGACCGCUGGCUUGUUGUACAAGGGGAAUUACCUGAACCGAUCCCUGUCUGCCGGCAGUGACAGUGAGCAGCUUGCUAACAUCUCCGUGGAGGAGCUAGACGAGAUCCGAGAGGCCUUUCGGGUUCUGGACCGAGAUGGGAAUGGCUUCAUCUCCAAGCAGGAGCUAGGAAUGGCCAUGCGUUCUUUGGGGUACAUGCCGAGUGAGGUGGAGCUGGCCAUCAUCAUGCAGCGCCUGGACAUGGACGGGGACGGCCAGGUGGACUUUGAUGAAUUCAUGACAAUUCUUGGCCCCAAACUGGUGUCUUCAGAAGGUCGCGAUGGUUUUCUUGGGAACACAAUAGAUAGCAUAUUCUGGCAGUUCGACAUGCAGAGGAUAACUCUGGAGGAGUUGAAGCAUAUCCUCUACCACGCCUUCCGGGACCAUUUAACGAUGAAGGACAUUGAGAACAUCAUCAUCAAUGAGGAGGAGAGCCUGCAGGAGACGUCGGAGAACUGCCAAACGGAGUUUGAAGGAGUGCAUUCCCAGAAGCAGAACAGACAGACCUGCGUCCGCAAGAGCCUCAUAUGCGCCUUCGCCAUGGCCUUCAUCAUAAGCGUCAUGCUGAUCGCGGCCAACCAGAUCCUCCGGAGCGGCAUGGAGUAGCCCCUCCCCCCGCCGCCGCGUCCCCGGCUCACCGUGCAUGUGCAUGCCCUGCGGGCCGACGCUGUUCCUCCGAAAGCAGACACGGACAAUGCAGACAGGGCACAGUGGAGUGAAGAACCCAAGGCUGCGGUGCAACGGGUGUUGCCAAUCCACUUCAUCUCCUUGGCAGGGACACAAAAGGGCUGUCUUAAAUGCUUUAAUGGUUUUGUUUCCUAAUGCAAUAAAAUAGCCAGGAGUUCCCAAGGACUGCGUCAGUCACCCCCAGGAACUCGGAAGAGAGACUUCAUUCUCAUCUCGGACUUUUCCAGUGGCCAUCCAGGCUGGUGGUGUAAGAGAGCAAGAGGGAGGCGUGGACGUGCAGUCAUUUCCAUGCCCCGUUGUCUCAACCCCCCCGGGGUCAGCUGAAGACUCCCGGCUGAGGGAACCCUCAGUCCCCAGAGGCUGACUUCCGGCUUGCUCCCGAAGAGGGGGCCUUCCAUCCCACCCUGGCUUCCUUCCUCCACCCAGUGGAGCCCGUCCCCUCCCCCCAAGGCGUGAGGGGAAAGCCAUCGAAUGGGGUGCAGUGCCUGGUGGUGUGCAGGUGGCACCCCUCGCUUCCAUUCUUACUGCCUUUUCUACAGGACUCUUGUUGGCAGAGUUGGGGAGCUCUCAGUUUCCGUCGGCACUUGGCUUUCUGUUCCUAGAGCCCAUCGCGCACCAGCAUUUUGGAAUCUGCAGAGAGCCUUUCUCCCAGCUUUGCCCCCUGUGCUGCCAUUAGUGAAAAAAGAAGCAUACUCGUGGACAUCUCUACAACCUAGACACAUAGACAGACGUAUGCAUUGGGCUUCUUCAUGUGUGACGUCAUUCUUUCCUACUCGCUUACUCCUGAUAUAAGCUUGUCCUCCGACACGCAUCCCUGCCUCCUUUGGGUGGGCCAGGUAGUUUCAGGGCGGGGAGGGGGUGCAGGGAGGGACCGAGACCAGUGGGGAGGUGGUGUUGCAGCCCAGCCCACCCCCCAGCCGUCAGAGGAGUCCUGGAGCCUGAACCCACCCAUCCAUGCCAGAAGACCCCUGUAAGUUCAGGUCCUUGAGCAUCUUUUCUUCUUCUCGUCCUAAAAUAUGCUUUGUUAGUCUUCCCCAGAUAAAAAGAGAAAUACAAUCCACAGUGGAAAGAUGGAAGGAUCAAGAGACUAUUUUACAUAACACCUUCCAGCACUCAGAUUCUACAACUGACUCAUUUUCAUGAGGAAACAAAAAGAUGUGAAUCAGCUUAGCCAGCACGACAGGUGAUUCGCUCCUGCCUGCAGAAUACUUCUGCUGGGGAAGGGACCUGGAUCCCGUGGUCCGUGUUCAACACCAUUUCAAGUCUGUAAUUUCCCGACUUCUCCCAGAGGCCCUGUCAGCCACCAUUAUUGAUUCGAGCUUGCAUAGUCUGAUUAGCCGAUAAUCUUUCGAUGUGAUGUUUUCCUUUGUACUUUUCCAAGCUCGGGUCUUCAGUUCUGUAAGGGAAUUGUCUUGCUCCUUUCUCUCCAUUGCAUCCUGAAGCUACAUGCUUUUCCCGCUCCCUCUUCUCCUUUCUUCCAGUACUGAGGUGCCAGAAUCUUUCCUCUCUAGGUUUUGCGGUGUGGUGUGUGUCCCUGGUCCCCUCUCCCAGACCCCCACCCCCACCCCGCCUCAGUUUUCUCCCUUACUGCCUUCUCUGACUCGUCCUUUUAGGGUCUUUUUCCGGUUCACCUCUGCAAGCGCUUCAGGCAACAGCCAGGGGGCAGCUGUAGAAACUUCCCCACUGUGGGAGACUGCAAAUAUUCAUGAUGAGCACAAGUAAAACUAGGGUUUGAGCCAUAGUCCGGAGGAUGGAGCAGGUGUAAGCUCCUAAGAGCCCCGGGGGCUGAGGGUCCCCCUGGGAAAAUGCCUGGAGUCCCGCACAUCCAGGCCAAGGAAGGCAGCAGCCUGCCUGUCCCUCUCGCCCACCCUGCCCUGCCACGGUACACACUGUUCAUCUGCCUCUUCUCUCUCUCCCCCUGCCCGACUCACCAUGGUCCUCAGGAUCGGCUUCCAGAAUGAGGACAGGUCCGAACACAGAGCACUAACACAUAAGUCAACUUCGUCAUUAGUUUUUGCCCAAAGCAGCUUAUCUCCCCCGACCCCCCAACUGGACUUGGACGGGAAGGACCCCGUGAACCACUAGACCAUGUCCUCCUGGGGAGCCAAAGCAGAUUGAAUAAAGACCCCAAGGGAUGACUUCUAAAGGAGCCUGCCCCGUGAGAAGGGAUUGCGAUGCUUCUUCAAAGGCUGGCUCUCUGCAAGUUCUUCUGCCUCUCACCGGAGAACGGGGUCCCCGAAGGAUGUGAGACUUAGAAGAGAUUUUAGCCACGAGGCAGGGGCAGGGAUUAAAAGGAGCUCUAGAGAGGCAGCGACAACCUGUUCAAGGCCUCAGCAUCCUCUCCCUGAAGAGGACCCUUUUCCCCUCCCAGUGACCAGUAAGCAAGCCCAUCCUACCCAAAAGGGAUUCGAGGAGCAUGCAUCCCUUGUGAGGAGAGAGGACAACAUGGAAGCUCUAGAACUCUCUUGGGUGGGUUAGAGUUGACCUCCCGCCACGGUGGCCUCCACACGUGUGGCACCCAGGGGCUGAAGUGUGGGGAGAUAGCCCAAAGGUAGUUGCAUUCCUGAGACUUUGGGAGCUAAGAACUCGUCUCUGUGACGUGGCCCCUUGGCUGCUUUGCCUGGACAGUCUGUCAAAGGUGUUGGGAUUCUUUGUAAGGCUUAAGAGGUUAACUUUCGGCAGGUCCCGUCCAUACCAGAGGUACUUCGGGUCCUCGCCACAGCUACUUAUGAUGCUCACAGAUAAAGCAUGGCUCAUUCUUGCUGUAAGAACCGGUGUGCCCCCAGACCACACAAGCGAUGAUCGGGGAGGUAUUUUGCUAGGGGGACAAGGCAUGUAGACCCUGAUCCCCUUGGCUUCACAGCAAGCUGUCUCCUAUCACUCCAGACGCAGACAGAGCCCCCAGACAGGACCCAGCAUGGGAACUAUUAGAAGUGGCUUCCAGAAUGUGCGUGGGUCCCAUGUGACCAAUCUGUAAAAGAAAAGGGGGGGGAUUAUGUUGCUAUGGCAACCCUUGCAUUCCACCCCGAGUUUGCCAAGGCACACAAAAAUAGGGAACAUUUUCUUAAAGAACACUUGGGCUCUGCCUGAUUGCAACCUGACUCCCCGCAUCCACAUCCCACUGGUGGAGUAAAUUACACUCCAAAAAUCUGGCGGUUUCUCUGCCUUUUCUUGUGUUUUGAAACCACCCUUCCAUUUGCUCAGGAGAACAGGAACUACCUGAGAGCCGGGUGGUAUUCUGCCCACCCCACCUACUCUCCCCCUUCCCAGGGCCCGGAGCAAAGACCCCUUCAUCUGGGCAAAAAGGCAGAAAUGUCGUUUGGAAGGCAAAAAAUAUUUUAAGCUUCAAUCUUUAAAAGCAUCUGUUUGCCUGUUGAGACGCUCUCCCACAAGCCAGAAAUGUGAACUGAAGUGAACUGAGGUUUACAUGUGGUCUUAGGCAAGCCCAGAGGCUUCAGAACUUUCUAGGUGUUUUAUUUGCAGAGAACAAGAUGUGCACCACGAGAUGUGUUCUUUCCCGAUACCCGUUCCUGCCUCCAAUUUCACAUGACAAAUGGUCUAUCUUGUGGUUAGCGAAAAGAACCGAGUGAAAGAUGGCAAGCUCCUUUUGACAGUGAUGCCCCUCCCAUCCUCCCCUCUACAGAAUCAUAAAGUGAUAUAUCUAAGAACGGGGAGGGAGAAAUUUCUCUUUUAUUCCCAAAUGCCUUCUCUAGGCUUUAGUCCAGACUCAGGUUAUAAAUCAAAGAGAGUUUUGCUCUUAACUCGUAGCUGGCAGCCUCCCCGGGACCAUGACAGAAGAGUAAGGGGGUGACCGCCAAGCACAGGUCCUUGGGUUGGCUGGCCUGGCCAUGUGUGGCUGCAUGUCAUGAAACCCCGUUCCAUGAUGCCAUUGCCCUCCAUCCCUGCGGAAGCUGCUGAGCUCUGCUUCUCCCAGCUGGAGGUCCCAAACCAUACUGCGUCAAUCUACUUCACUAUUUCUCUGAAAGCCCAUAGCGAUAGUAUUAUUCACCCUGCUCCAUGGAGAUGUAGGGAGAUCUGGAACCCCACUGCGAGGAGGGGUCCCUUUUCUGAUAGUGCCAUGACAAUACAGGCGGGCCGAGCCUAGACUUCCAGACUGUGGCAUACACUGGUCGUAUUCCCAGGAUGACUGUCCGGAGAACAGCUGUCUGCUUUGAGCUGAGAUCGGAACUUUCCCAUUGGCCUCUUCGGUGAUCCUCACAGGGCUAAGGGUCCAUAACUUAAAGGCAUUACCAUAACCAUCUUCCCCCACCACCUCAUUGCUCAACUGUCCCAAAGCGCGGGGGGCGGGGGGGGGGGGGAAGAAACCAUCAGAAAUAGAAAAGUAACAUUAUUCACCAGCUAGGGUUUUCAACUUGAAUUAUUUAAAGUGAUGGAGAAGUAGAGGAGGAUUCGGGCUGCCCCUUGUGGACCCUGUCUCCACGACAAUUUAAAUGUCAGAACCGUUCAGCUUCACUUCAUACUUCCUUUGACUAAGUCACUCAGGGGACAGUCCUUAGUCAUGUGGCCUUGCCAUAGACACUUGGUUUGGGGAGGAAUAAGGUCAAAUGCACAAACCAGCCAAACAUUUCUUAGUAGCCUGUGCUCAUUGCUCAUGCGCAUGGCCAUGGUUUCUACUUUAUAUCGGUUUGGGACCCUCUUUUAUAUGGUCUCGAGGAACAUGAUAACAAAGCUCAGAAAGUCUUCAUGACAAAACUAAUUUGAUUCCGUUGGCUUGAAAUAAUAGCCACCAAGAAUCAGGUGUCGCCAGUCCCACGAAAGGCAGUCCUCUGAAACCGGAAAAGACUUGCCCAGCCCCUGCCCCCUGCCCCUACUUCCGGUGACUUAUCGGUUGAACAUCCACCUCUUUUCCUUGAGCGUGAUGGGUUGGCUGUCAGAACCGUGCUUCUCACAAUGUUAGAAGUUACUGUCCACGAGAAAGUGUUGCAGAGGCUGGAAUUUCCCAGUGGAGUGGAAGAGCAGGCUAAUUAGGAAGGAAUAUUCCAGGGAAUGAAAAAUUCAAGUGUGCUGUUUCUCCAUUGCUGGACUUGUAAGAGCAAAAGGAAAACUGUAAAGGGCUGCAGAGGCUGGCCUCCGGACGUUUUCCCUGUGUCUGGCCUACUUUGGUAACAUAGAAGGGACUGAGGGCCACGGGGUUGCUGCCCAUCAACCCAAUCCUUCUGACAUGUGGGGCAAGCAUCAAGAGGAGGCUGGUGGGUAGCUCACCUCUCCUUGGGGGAUGCGGACAUCUGCCGAGCUCAAAAUGCGUCUCCCAGGGUUUUCUGUCUGGGCUCAGACCCGUUGAAUUAGGCCAGGAGAGCAGAGCUUAGAACCAGAAAUACGGGAGCACGAUCAUGUGCAGGACCCCACGUGUUGCUGCCACCCACCAGCCUGAUGAUUUUGAGUGACGUUUGCUUCCUGGCCAUGGGUUUCUCAUCUCUAAAGCAAGAGGAAAGGUAAACCAGGAGAGCCCCCCCCCCCCGCCCCGUGACUCUGUUUGUCUGAAACGAGUCAAAACGAUGCCUAGACUUGAGAGGGUCCCUAUUCCCCCAUGAAUGGUGUCAGGGACUGGCAGUUCUUUUUACACGGCAGCUCCCAAGAGGCAGUUGUAAUAAAGUAUCUCUUUUGGUGUCCAUUGUCUGUAGAUGAAACGAUGCAAAUUGAUUUAUGUCAAAUGUGUGGUGUCUUGCAAGUAAGAGGUUUUGUUUACUCCCUAAGGUCUUGCUGACUCAAGGGAACAUCAAAGAUGGGCUUUGUGUCCUCAUCUUAGCCAGUGUGAAAAGUAAGGGGAUUUGAUCACUUUAUCGCAGAUCUCGUGCAUCAGAAUUCAGGAAUAAGUAAGGUGAAACAAAGCCAGAUCCCAGGAAAAAAUGUGUGUUUCUCCAUCUGAGAGAGCCUAACUGGAAGCUACUGAAUAAAGAGCACAAAUCCCAGACCAACUGACUUUCCUUCCUUCCUUCUUUCCUUCCUUCCUUCCUUCCUUCCUUCCUUCCUUCCUUCCUUCCUUCCUUCCUUCCUUCCUUCCUUCCUUCCUUCCUUCCUUUUUUUCUGGCCAUUCCUGUAUAUGUGAUAGUGGUUUAUAAUUAUUCGUAACACUGCAGAAGGAAGAGAGUCACUGUCUCAUGAUUGUCAGGAAUAACAUUAGCAGUCUGGGGAGACCAGCCACUGCGAUCGUCUUUUGAAGACUGAGGGAUGCUGAGCACAGACGCCUGGUUUAGAUGCACCCCAACCCUGAUGAGGGGUGGAGGGCAGGACGAGUGGCUGCUGGACCCGUAAAAGUCCCCAGUCCUUCUGCCCCAUGACAACAUAACAUCCUAGGUCUCUGUCCCUUUUCUUCUUCCUAAAGUAGACUGAGGCUUUUAUACAAGCUUGUUUUUAUACAAGUCCUACAGUUCUUCCCCGGAAAGACCCAGAUUGGUCAGGAAAGGGUCCUCAGCUCCUGGUAGAAAUUUGCUCCUGGCAAGCCAGUAUCUCCCAGCACUCCUAAGGAAAAUCAACUCAUAUUCUUCCUUUCUGACCUGGAAAUCUGGUUUCAGGGGUCCUUGAAAGGUUUCUUAGUGGGGUUUGAUUUUUUUUCCCCCAAUUCUGAAUCCAGGAAGAAGCUCUUUCUCCAAGGACUAACCAAAGACAAUGCCCUUGGAUGGAAAUCAGAUCCAGAAAGUCUGGUCAGGCAGUGGGCUGGCGAACUGUCAUCUGUUGAGGAUUGGGGGUGGGGGUGGGGGCUCAGUGAGCCUAGGAGUCAUUAGACUUAAGACGUGACUUGUUUCUCAAAGCACAGUAUAGUUAGUGGCUGGAUGCAGACGAGAGCACAGCUGAGGACUGUUAGGACCAGUAUGCCUGGAGCCUGGCAGCUCUCAUAUCCAGAAUGGGCCACUAAGACUGAAAUCCUGGGUCACAGUCUUCCCAUUUACCUCAUUCAUGUUCCUUUUUUUUUUUUUCCAUUCAGUAUUAGGUGAUGAUUUCUGCUAUUAAGUGAUGAGAGAGUCAGCAGACUAGUCAAAAGAAAAUCUUUAUAUAAAAUGUAAAUAUUAAUAUAAAUUAACUUGGCAUGCAACUUACUAACCCAAUGAAAUAUAUAUUAUUAAUAUGUUCUCUUAGUGUAUAAAGGAAAACUGACUGCCAUAUUUACCAGAUGUUUUCUGUAACCAAACUCGUCUGUAAAUAUAUAAUCUGUAUAAAAAAAAGAGUCUAAUUUACCAUUAUUUAUGCAAUAGAAAAAAAUAAAAGUUUUUUUUUUUCU